UUCGUAGCUCAGGGGUUAGAGCACUGGUCUCGUAAACCAGGGGUCGAGAGUUCGAUUCUCUCCGAGGGCAAAGCGCGUCUUCGUUCUUGGCCGAGCAGCAUGUCCCCUCGGCACGUUUUCACAUUCGCAGCCUAAGGUUGGCGGACCGCGCCUAUUGCUACCCUCUUCAACCCACUUGGAGGUCCCAUUGGCUUCCAAGGGAGCCCAAUGUCUGAGAACACGGCAACUAGGCUCACCACGUGGGGAGAAGAAAACCGUCCGCCUGGCUCGACCCGGGCAGACGUGAUGACCACUACACCACCGAGCCCAACAACUCCAACGCCCUCAACUCCAACGCCCUCUCCAAAGAAUCUCCUUGCAGUAGGCGACAGACUCGUCUAUGCGCUGGUAUCGCUUUCCGCUUUGUUCCGACUAAUCGCCUCCUCGCCUCCUCGGCCAAACCACGCCACCAACACCGCCCUCCUCAAUCGUGGCGAGAGGAAAAGAGGCAAAUUGGAUAGCAAGAUGUCAAGGUGGACUAAACUUACUGAGCAAAUCACCCUCCCACCACCCUUUCUCACCUGCUCCUCCUCUUCCUACUUUCCAUUCCUUUAA